AUGGCGGCCACUUCUACCUCAGAAAUGACUGACGGACCCGUCCUCAGCCUAAUCACCAAACGCCUUCGCGCCCUCAAGAAGAAGUACAACCGAAUCCUCCAGAUGGAAGAGGCCGUCGGCCAAGGCAAGACUAUCAACAAAGAACAAGAGGACGUCCUCCGUUCCAAACCCUCUGUUUCCGCCGCGCUUGAUGAGCUCGAGAAGCUCCGCCAGCCUCUCUCCGUUGCUGUCUCCGAAGAAAUUGAGCUAGCUGCCCAUCGAUUCAACCCUAAAUCUGAUAGCACAGUUGUUCCAGAUGUAAGGAAUGGAGUGGUGGAGGAUCUGUUGCAUUUGUUGUAUUUUGGGUCGUUGUUUGAUGUGAAGUCUCAGAACGAUUUUACUGCCACCAUGUUGACUCGGACGCAUGAAAGAGGUUGCUGCUUGACAUAUGACUAUGUCACUGAUGAUGCUACCGAUCUGCUUGGCGAGGGGGAUUUGGAUAUGAUUUCUAAGAUGGGUGGUUUACUGAUUUCGCGCCCCGUCAAUUCUAGCUUAUCCCAUAAGAAUGCUUUGCAGCGCUGUAUGGAGCACGCCAAGUUGUGGCUGGCUAAUUCUGAACAACCUAUUGAUUCCAAUGAUAACGUUUCCUAUGCCGAAUUGAGGGAGAGGCUCAACAAGAUUAUGGCUUCUGAUUAUUUCACUACCACACCAGAAAUGAAAGCUCCAGUGGAAGUGGCAGCUGCUGCAGGCAAUUACGUGCCUUUCCAGGUCCCUUUCUCAGUGCCAGUACAAGUGGACGAUUCUGUUGCGCCAUACCAGCUUGCUUUGGGAUAUGUCCCUGUGGGUAUCAUUCCCUCAUGGAUCUUCCCUGAUAAGGCGCUGGAUCAGCUAAAUCUUCAUGGAAAGAAAUCAGAACAAAAAGAGACAGAAAAUUUCCAACACGAGACUGGUGAUGGUCAGUCUAGUCCUGCUGAGGAACUUCAGAAGGAUGCAAAGGAGACUGAAAAUCCAGCAGAAGUUGCCCCAGAUCAAGAAGAGCAAGACAAGCCAUCGACAGAAGUAGUAGAAGAUCAUAAUCAGGUGGAGACUAAUGAGCAACAAUAUGUUUCUCGAAGGAACUACCAGAACCAAAGAGGUGGUCGUGGUGGCAGCAAUGGUGGUCGUAGGGGUCAUUCAAAUGGUCGUGGUGGUCGAAGUGGUGGUAGAGGAGGUGGCAGCUACCAAAAUGGCCGCAACCAAUAUUAUGAUCAACCCGGAAACUUUUAUCCGAGGAACUACUAUAAUAAUCGAGGAAGGGGCGGCGGCAGAGGUGGUGGGCACACUUACAACAACCAUGGUUCAACAGGUCAAGGCAGCCAUGCCCCUGCUGAUGUUGGGGUUGCUUCAUGA